GAACGAGCGCGGGGGCGGGGCCGAGCGGCGCUUCCCUCAAGUGCGCAGGGCUGAAACCAUCGAGAGGGAGGGCCAGAGAGUCAUGGCGGUUUUGAAAAUGCCUCAGAGCCUGUAAGGUUGAGUGUUUCCCUCUCAAGAUGCCCCUCUCAGACUUUAUUCUGGCCCUGAAGGACAAUCCUUACUUUGGGGCUGGAUUUGGGCUUGUGGGUGUGGGCACAGCCCUGGCCCUGGCCCGGAAGGGUGCCCAACUGGGCCUGGUGGCAUUCCGGCGCCAUUACAUGAUCACACUGGAAGUCCCUGCUCGAGACCGAAGCUAUGCCUGGUUGCUUAGCUGGCUCACCCGCCACAGUACCCGUACUCAGCACCUCAGUGUUGAGACUUCGUACCUUCAGCAUGAGAGUGGGCGCAUCUCCACUAAGUUUGAAUUUGUCCCCAGCCCUGGAAACCACUUUAUCUGGUAUCAGGGGAAAUGGAUCCGAGUGGAACGAAGCCGAGAGAUGCAGAUGAUAGACCUGCAGACAGGGACCCCUUGGGAAUCUGUCACCUUCACAGCUCUGGGCACUGACCGAAAGGUUUUCUUCAACAUCCUGGAGGAAGCUCGAGAGCUGGCCUUGCAGCAGGAGGAAGGGAAGACGGUCAUGUACACAGCCAUGGGCUCUGAGUGGCGUCCUUUUGGCUAUCCACGUCGGCGGCGGCCGCUGAAUUCUGUGGUUCUAGGACAGGGUCUGGCUGACCGAAUUGUCAGAGACGUCCGGGAAUUCAUCGAUAAUCCCAAGUGGUACACUGACAGAGGCAUUCCCUACCGACGUGGCUACCUGCUUUAUGGGCCCCCUGGUUGUGGAAAAAGCAGUUUUAUCACAGCCCUGGCAGGGGAACUGGAACACAGCAUCUGCCUGCUGAGCCUUACGGACUCCAGCCUCUCCGAUGACCGGCUCAACCACCUGCUGAGCGUGGCCCCACAGCAGAGCCUGGUGCUCCUGGAGGACGUGGAUGCAGCCUUUCUUAGCCGAGACCUAGCUGCAGAGAACCCAGUCAAGUACCAAGGCCUGGGUCGCCUCACCUUCAGCGGACUGCUCAAUGCCUUGGACGGCGUGGCAUCCACCGAGGCACGCAUCGUGUUCAUGACCACCAACCAUGUUGACAGGCUGGACCCUGCCCUGAUACGCCCUGGACGAGUAGACAUGAAGGAGUACGUGGGCUACUGCUCACACUGGCAGCUGACCCAGAUGUUCCAGAGGUUCUAUCCAGGGCAAGCACCUUCCUUGGCUGAGGCCUUUGCAGGACGUGUCCUUCAAGGUACAACUCAGAUCAGUCCUGCCCAGGUACAGGGCUACUUCAUGCUGUAUAAAAAUGAUCCCGCAGGGGCAAUUCAUAAUGCUGAGUCUCUGAGGACAUGAGAGCAGGCUGUGCUCAGCUCUCCUCUAGAUCAAUAAACACCUACCACACC